AUGCAACAAAAUGGUGAAAUAACUAUAUCAUACAAUAAUGCAAAUGAAAAUUAUUCUAUUAUAUCGCUUGAUAAAAAAUAUACAAAUGGAAGAAACUAUGAAAUUGAAGUUUUUAAUUUUUUAAGAAAUAAAGGGUACCAUAUGACACUUUCUGAUAGCCAUCCAAUGAUUUCAAAUUUCAGAUUUUUUAAUCUAUCUAAUAAAUUAGCUUUACAAAUUGGAAAUUAUAGAAUCACAGGAGAUGGAGGUUGUGAUCUCAUUGGAGAUAAAAACGGAGUUCAAAUUUUUGUACAGGCUAAAUCGAGUAAAACAGGAAAAUAUCCAAACCUAAAAAAAGAAUACGUAAAAUUUAUAAAAACUCUGGAAACUCGAAGAUCCACUGAAGAGAUAGGAAUCUUUGUUGUAACAGAUAAUAUUAAUAUUGAAAAAUUAAAAAAUAUCAUUUUAGCUGAACGUAAGAUAAUUCUUUGCCACUUCAAUGAACUCGAAGGAUAUAUCGAACAAAUAGAACAGGAACAUAAGAAAGAAAUAUUAAAGCUAAUUAAUGAUAUUUAUAAAGCGGAAGAUUGCAUUAAAGACCUAAACCCAACGAUGAAAGAUUUAAAAAAUAAUCUUACAAUAUUAAAAAGCCACUUAGAAAAAAUAAGUGACAUAAAAAACUUUAUGACUUAUAACACAAAAAGAUAUAAUAAUAUAAAAGAUCUGAAUAAG